UCUAUUCUUCUACAUAACAUAACUAUCAACCAUAUAAUAUAAUAAUAAAUAUAAUAUAUAAUAAUAAUAAUUUAAUAAUUCUCUCUUCAUUGUCAAUUCCAUUUCCAUCUUCACUUCACUUCUGUUCUCUGUUCCGUUGAGUGAUCAAUCAUUCACGCACUUUCCAUUCUCUCUCUCUCACGCACACUUUUUUAUUUCAUUAUCUGAGCUUUUUUUUUAUUAUUCCUUUUCUUCGUUUUUCAAUUCUCCGUUUCCCAAAUUCAUGAUUGCAUCUGCCCGCGAGCUGCUUAGGCCGCCCACGAUUCCCGAUCUCCGGUGACCGGAAAGAGAUUCUAUGUUCAGCUCCAGUCCUGCCAUGGGAAGCCGCAACAACACCACCCUGGAGACGGUCAGCGCUGCUGCCACAGCCAUCGUCACCGCCGAAUCCAGAGUCCAGCCGACCGCCGCGCCGACAAAACGUUGGGGAGGCUGCUGGAGCCAAUAUUGGUGCUUUGGAUCUUGUAAAAGCAGUAAAAGCAGCAAGCGAAUAGGCCAUGCUGUCCUUGUUCCUGAACCUGUUGCACCAACAGGUCCAGCUGCUGCUGCUGCUGCUACUGCACCACCAAAUCCUUCAACUGCCAUUGUAAUGCCCUUCAUUGCCCCUCCAUCUUCUCCUGCAUCUUUAAUCCAAUCUGAUCCCCCAUCUGCUAUUCAAUCACCGCCUGGAUUACUUUCACUCUCUUCUCUUGCGGCCAAUGCUUACUCUUCUGGUGGUCCAGCAUCCAUGUUCACCAUUGGUCCAUAUGCCUAUGAGACUCAACUAGUUUCUCCGCCCGUAUUUUCCAACUUCACAACUGAACCAUCCACUGCUCCUUUUACUCCCCCACCCGAAUCUGUGCAUCAAACAACACCUUCAUCCCCGGACGUUCCAUUUGCUCAAUUGUUGGCAUCUUCUCUGGACAGGGCUCGGAAAAAUAGUGGGAAUCAAAAGUUUGCAUUAUACAAUUAUGAUUUUCAGCCUUACCAACAAUAUCCUGGAAGCCCAGGUGGCCAACUCAUAUCACCUGGCUCAGCAUUUUCAACUUCUGGCACUUCUACCCCAUUUCCUGAUAGACCCCCUACUCUUGAGUUCCGCAAAGGGGAAACACCAAAGAUCUUGGGUGUUGAACACUUCUCCACCCAAAGAUGGAGUUCCAGACUAGGAUCUGGAUCAUUAACACCAGAUGGUGCCGGGCAAGGUUCAAGACUUGGCUCAGGAUCCGUGACUCCUGAUGGUGUUGGGCUGGCUUCACGGUUAGGUUCUGGGUGUGUGACACCUGAUGGUCUGGGGCAGGAAUCCAGAUUAGGUUCUGGCUGCUUGACACCUGAUGGUGCCGGGCCAACCAAUCAAAACAUCUCUGUGGAAAACCAGAUUUCUAAGGAAGCAACUCUUGCUAACUCGGACAGUGGACAUCCAAGUAAUGCAACAUUGGUUGAUCACAGAGUUUCAUUUGAAUUAACUGGGGAAGACGUUGCUCGGUGUCUUGCUAAUAAAACUGGGGUAUUGCAUCGAAAUAUGUCAGGGUCCUCUCAAGGUAUACUGGCCAAAGACCCUGUUGACAGAGAAAGGGUGCAAAGAGACACCGAUACUAGCUGUAAUGUGUGUACAGAGAAAACAGAUGACAAGCCAUACAAUCCUGUUGGAGAAGGAGAGCAAUGUUUCCAUAAGCAGAAUUCUGUAAAUUCUUCUAAAGAAUUCAAUUUUGACAGCAGUAAAGGAGUUGUUUCUGGUACCGGUGGCAGUGGCUCUGAGUGGUGGACUAACAGGAGGGUUGCCGGGAGGGAAGGUAGAUCAGCCAACAGCUGGGCUUUCUUCCCAAUGUUACAGUCAGAAAUGAACUAAGGUUUAGUUUAUUACAACAUGACUUAACCUGUAUGGUAUAAAGCAAAAAAGAUUUUCCAUUUCUCUGCAGAACCUCUAAGUAUACUGAAUGUAUAUUUGAAAAAAUUGUCUUGAAUUCAGUUCAUCAUAUGCCUUUAGAAGAAAUUGCAGUAAAAGAAUGAUUGAGCAAGACUCAGAUGAAACAAAGUUGUUAUAUUCCUUUAGGACCCAAGGUAGAAUGCAAGGGAAGCAUAAUGGUAGUAGGUAGGGUACCGAUAGUGGGUUAUAUUUAUAUAAUUAUGUGAAACAUUGCUUCUU